CGUGCGUGAGCAGGCUCUCUCCAUUUCUUUCCACAUAAAACGAGAGGUUCCACCGUCGAGCACGUUUCCGUCCUGCUUCCUUCCUCGGCCCCCUCGGCCGUCACCCACCCCAAUGGCCGUCGCCCUCUCCCUCCCCUCGCCCCCUGCGUCGGCUCACCGGCGGAGGCCGUACCCGGCGCGCCAUCCUCCGAGACCCCCCCGCGCGGCUCUCAUCGAGGCCCGGCCCGUCUCCGCCUCCGAGACCGACGUGGGCAGCGGAAGGGGGCAGUACGCCAUCCAGCUCGCUGCGGAGAUGCAGACGCCCACCGCCGUCUCCUCCAGGCCGCUCGCCCCUCUCUCCGUCAUCCGCAAAGAUCGCGCCGAGGACAUGCAAGCCGAGGCGCGGGCCAUGGCCCGGGCCGCCAAUGCCACCGUCUACGACCCACAGCUUCUAGCCGCCAAAUACGCCGCUCAGCCCCUCAAGGUGCUAUCGAGGACGCUAGAGAUCUUCACGGCGUUGGGCACCUUCGCCUUGAAGCUAGUCGCGGACCAGAGGCGAGGACAGCUCGACCAGCGGAAGCGGCAGAGGGCGGCGGAGCUGACGAAGACGUUUACCCGACUGGGGCCGACGUUCGUGAAGAUUGGGCAGGGCUUGUCCACCCGCCCCGACGUCUGCCCGCCGGAAUAUCUCGAGGAGCUCUCUGAAUUGCAGGAUGCCCUCCCGACAUUUCCAAAUGAGGAGGCAUUUGCUUGCAUCGAGAGGGAGCUGGGAACUCCUCUCGAGUCCAUUUACUCUGCCAUAUCGGCGGAUCCGAUUGCAGCUGCGAGCCUAGGUCAGGUCUACAAGGCCCAGCUUAAGUACUCGGGCCAGGUCGUUGCCGUCAAGGUGCAAAGGCCAGGGAUUGAAGAAGCCAUUGGUUUGGAUUUUUACCUUCUGAGAGGUUUAGGUUUUCUGAUAAAUAAGUAUGUUGAUAUCAUCACCAGUGAUGUUGUUGCUCUAAUUGAUGAGUUUGCAAAAAGGGUCUACCAGGAGCUGAAUUAUGUUCAGGAAGGCCAGAAUGCACGGAGAUUUAAAAAGUUUUAUGCCGACAAGGAAUAUGUACUUGUGCCAGAUAUAUAUUGGGAUUACACUAGCACAAAGGUACUGACCAUGGAUUGGGUGAAUGGGGUUAAGCUGAGUGAGCAAGAAACUAUCGAGAAGCAAGGUCUGAAGCUGUUGGAUUUGGUUAACAUCGGUGUCCAAUGUAGCUUGAGGCAGUUGCUUGAAUAUGGGUUUUUUCAUGCUGACCCCCAUCCCGGUAAUCUCCUUGCAACGCCAGAGGGAAAACUUGCUUUUAUUGAUUUUGGGAUGAUGAGCGAAACGCCAGAAGAUGCACGAUCUGCUAUUAUUGGUCACGUAGUUCACAUGGUUAAUCGGGAUUAUGAUGCCAUGGCUCGUGAUUAUUAUGUGUUGGAUUUUUUAGCACCUGAUGUAGAUGUGUCUCCUAUUGUGCCAGCUCUUAGGAAUUUUUUCGAUGAUGCACUCAAUUCAACUGUAAGCGAGCUCAAUUUUAAGACCAUCGUGGAUGGUCUAGGAAAUGUUCUAUAUCAAUAUCCUUUCAACGUUCCAGCAUAUUAUGCACUAAUAUUGAGGUCACUCACUGUGCUAGAAGGUCUAGCCCUUUACGCUGAUCCCAACUUUAAGGUGCUUGCUGCGUCAUAUCCAUAUUUUGCUAAAAGACUUCUAACUGACCCAAAUCCAUAUCUUAGAGAUGCCCUCAUCGACCUAUUGUUUAAAGAUGGCAGAUUCAGGUGGAAUAGGCUUGAGAACCUUCUUGUUCAAGGAAGAAAGGAUAGAGAUUUUACUACUAAGGAUGCUUUGCAACCUGUUUUGAAGCUACUACUAGGUCCUGAUGGUGAAGAGCUACGAGUUCUUGUUGUGAAAGAAGCUGUUCGUGUCACUGAAGCUAUUGCCUUGGGCUCGAUGAUUGAUGCAUAUGAUUCUAUGCCUGAAUUUAUGAAGGGUUUGGUCAGUAAUGGCAAUGCAAGUGGACCUUUUAAGCUUAAUGAUGGUGAACAAACACAGAUGCUAGAACUUCGAGAUACAGUGUUCAGAAUAUGGGGCCUUUUGAGAUCCUCGGACAACUUUGAUCCAAGCCUUCUGCAACCAAUUUUGCAGGUUCUCGAAGAACCUACAGCUCGCAAUCUUGGUGGUCGUGUUUUCGGAGGAAUUACUCAACGCCUGGCUGCUCGACUGCUGCAACAGGUUCUCAGAUCCGCUUCCACUGCUGUUCCUCAGUAGGAGUUACCAGCUCAAUCAGUGGUAUAUGUGCUCUCAAAACUAUUCGCACAAAAAAAAAAAAGUGAUUCAUGUAUAUGUUCUAUUCAUUAGUGUAUUUGCUGUAGUUCAUGGAUGAAAAUCCAUUUCUGGUGAUCAUAAUCUCAACCACACUUACUGAA